AUGAAGGUGUUUCGCUUCCAUUAUCAUAACUUUUUGGUCACUCAUUGCUAUCAGCUAUCAGGUUUCAAACGAUAUGAAUCCGUCCCAGUGCAGUUUCCAAAAGACAUAUGUAUCUUCCGCGUGAAUCAAAUAAAAUUUGCAGCUGCCUUACAUUACCGAAACGAUGGACAAUUGGAGUUCCUUUUAUUUAAAAGCAAUAAUGGCAGUUAUAGACAAGUUUUUGAUCGCUUGACCCCUCUUGCUGUAGAUAUGGAUUGCAUAACAUUCGGAACCAGAGGUUUUAUUGCGCUAGCAUAUAAUUUAAGCGAAGCAGUUACGGAUGUAACCAUUGGAGCACCAAUUUUUGAAGUAACUCGUCAAGAAAUUUCAACAGUUCAAUUCUUGGCAACCCAGCACCAGAGCAGGGUAUAUUUAAGAAGCCACAACCUUAAACUAUAUUUGGUCCAAACUCAUCACUAUCCAAAUCUCUCGGACCCUGGUCAUUGUCCAUUUUUCGAAUGGUCUGGAUACCAUUUCAACUACAUGGGCAGGAUUCCAUGUGAGAAUGCCAGGCAUAUUGAAGCAUUUACCGCGGAUGAUGCAGCGUACGUUAUGGUGGCGAAUUAUGCCAAUUUCGAAGGACAACAAGCAACAACUUUUCUUUACAAAUAUCGGCACGAUCAGAAGAAGUUUGUUGAACAUCAGAAAUUUGGAACUCAAGAAGCUGCCGAUGUUAGAUACUUUUACAUUGAAAAUAAGGAAAAGUUGAAGGAUCAUUUUGUGGUAGUAGCCAAUGCCAUGAGAGCUGAAGGUCAAAGCCAGUUCAAAGACUUGGGAUCACAGUCAGUUAUCUACAAAUACAAAAACGGCGUAUUUGUGCCCUUACAACAACUGAAUUUUCAUAACGUCACAGCAUUCCUACCGAUUCACAAUGAAAUAGAUAAAUUUGUAUUAUUGGUUGCUUGCAAGAACCAAGAUAUGAAGUUCCUUCGCUAUGAUGGUCAACAAUUUGAUAUCUCACGAGUUCAGCUAACUACUGGGGCCUUUGCUAAAGGAGUUACAUCAUUACGAUCGUUUAAGGAGUCGAAUGAGACUUACAUAGUUGUAGCCAAUGAAAGGAUGAUGGUUAAUGAAACCAAUGUAUAUCUGCCCUUUUAUAAGAUCAAGGAAAAUCGAACUGAUCUGAAACGUAAAAUGAUGGAGCAGUUUAAGAAAUUGUAUGCUAAACUUACCAAUGGCACUUUUGCUAGUCGAAUUAACCGAGUUGAGUCCGUAGUGAAAAACUUUGGCCAAAGUAUUGGCGUUUUUAACAAUGCGAAUAUAAGUGCAGUCGAAUCUGAAGUGGUUAUUAAUCCAAAAUCAAACCUCACAAAAAGAUUUUGGCGAAAACUAGCAGCUGCUACGGAAGAUAUCCAAAAGCUUGAGGAACAAUUUGCAGAACUAUCUGGGAAUAAAAGCGCUAACACCACUGAAAGUGAUUGUACUUUUGAGUCCCUUCAAUUGGAUACGCUGACUGUUACCGACGUCCUCAAAAUAAGCACCAUAAACAAUAAAUCCAUUGACCACUUCGCACUAGAUAGAAUCAUUGCCGACAAGGUCAUAGUUAAAGGAAAAUUCCAAAUAUUGAACAAUACGGAUGAAGCAGAUCCUGCAAUGGAGUCGUUGGAUUCUGAAAGUCUCAAUAGAACGACCCGACAAAGCGAUUUUUCUGAAAUCCGCGUAAAAAAUAUAAUCGUUACCGGGACAAUAAAUGGAUGGAAUCUGACUGAAUUUCGAAACAGUAUUCUCAAAAAAACAGGCAAUCAGAUAAUCACAGCACCUUUUAAUUUCACCCAGUUAGAUGUGGGUGAUCUCCAAAUUAAUGGUAGUAUUAACGGUGAGCGGCCUUCGAAAGUGGUGAUGGUAAACGAAGGAAAUUUCGUUGUCGAUCAAGACUUAAUUUUCGCUGAAGGCGCUGAAGUUAAUCAUCUUGUGGUUAAUAAUCGACUAAGUCAUAUUUACGUGGUAGACGGCCAACUCCAAGCACUGUAUAAGAACCAUAGUGAGGUGCAGAUUAUCCGGGGAUGGAAGAAAUUCGAAAACGUGAAUUUACUGGAACCGUUUGAGCUUAAGGGUAAAAUCCACAGUGCGCAACUAGAUAAAAUGAAUCCCGUGGUUGUGAUAUCGGAAGACCUUAAUCUCGAAGGUGACUACGAAAUAACCGGGUCAGUUCUCAUUACCAAACAGAUCUCGGCUACCAAUUUUCACGGGGUCUCAUCCCAGAGAAAUGUUCUGGAAAUCCUAGAAAACGGUUUAUCUGUGAAGACACCAGCAAUCUAUCAACAAAUGAAUUUCCAAGCUCCACUAAAGACGAAAAAUUUAAACGCAACUUUUGUGAAUAAUAUCGACACCAGAGACUUUAUUACAAAUGAUGGAAAUGAGGAGGUAAUCAUCACCGGAACUAAGGUCUUCAGAAAUGAUCUCCGUAUAAGUAGAGGCCCUUGUGAUGUUCAAAAUGUUAACAGGAUUAAUAUCAACGAUUUAUACGAAAACCGUUUGCGAAAGCACGGAAACCAAACAAUCACCGGACAGUUUACAUUUAAGAGCGUUCAUACCGCAGGCAUCAAGUCAGCAUCCAAAAUUCUUCUUAAUGGAACUGAUAUUAACGACAUCCUCACGAAAUCAACAUCACAAACACUUGCGGAAGUUAAUAUCCAACAUUUACAAACAAGAGCGAUUAACAUUACCAGCAUGACUACGUCGAAAUCCAAAGUUUUCAAUCACAGCCUGGACUAUAUGAUAAAAGAUACUGUCCUUCCUGGAACCUCAGCAGAAAUCCUGGGUCAUAAAAGAUUCAAAGGAAAUUUCACAAUCAACAAUUUAUUUGUUAAGAAAAGGAUCAAUCACCAAUCGGUCAAAAAGUUAAAAGAAUCUUUGAAAGAAAUCCUGAGUGAAGGCGAUAUUUCCAUUGAUGGCGAUGUCAUAAUUGAGGAUGAUCUGCAAAUCGAGCAAAUUGUCUUUGAUGGCAAAAUAAACGGGAUUCCCGCGGAAAAUUUCGGUUCUUGUUGGCUCCUGAAUGAAGGAGAUCAGGAGUUCACAGCUCCACAGGAAUUUAGUCAUUUAAUUGCUGAGAAUAUGCAUGUGGCCAAAAGGAUCAAUGACCAUAGAAUCGCGAAUAUUAUUAAACAACUUUACUGGCUUGAUCAAGAAGAAUUUCUGCCGAAUGUAACCUUUGCCAAAGUUAUUGCUGAGGACGAGUUCAUCACAAAAGGACGUAUAAAUGGGUUAAAAUUUGCUGAAGAUGUGCUUCUAAAAGAGACCUCAGAGACACAAAUCAUAGAAGCUCCGGUAUUCUGCGAAGGCGAUUUAAUAGUCACAGGGGAAAUCCGCGAUCUUAAGGUCCUCAAUAAUAUUGACCUUGUUAAAUUGCAAGCCGUUUUAAAAGGCGAAACGAAAAAUGCUAAGCUCACUAUCGAUUCGGCUAACUUUGAAACAUACCCAAAGUUCCGUCUCCUCAACGGAUACGACUUGAAAGAAGUCUAUAAGAACGUUUGGCUUGCUAAUGAGGACACUGUUAUUGAAGGUCAUAUGAUCUUCAAUGAUGUCGAGCUGAAAGCACAUGCUGUCUUAAAUGGUCCCAUGAAUGGAGUGGAUCUCGAUUUUCUGCAGCAGCACUAUUUCAGUCUUACAAAAGCACAAAGGGUUUCGACACCUAUGACCUUCAAAGGACCAGUUGAGUUUAUGGAAUCGUUGAGUAGUGAGGAGAUGAAUUUAACUGGUGUUCUUGUGGACAAUAUCAGCAAACGGACCAUCAAUAUCAGUGACUUUGCUCUGAAUACACUUCGUGAAGAUAUAUAUCAGGAAAUCACUGGAGAGUGGAAAAUUUUCAAUGCUAUAGUCGAAGGAGAUCUGAAUAAUGUUCGAAUAAAUGGACUCAACCUUGUAGAUGAUGUCCUCCGUUAUGAUGUCACCACAACUCAAAAAAUUACAGCCCCGAAAAAUUUCACUAACCUGAUAAUAGCUGACCUCGAAUGUGCUGAACAUGCAACUAUAAACAAAAUAGAUAUCUUGGAUUGGUUACGAAAUUCGGCAUUCAUUUACGGCAACUACACUAUACAAGGAACAACCACUAUCGAUGAUAUUACCGUGUACGAGGACGUUACUGUUUUCGGGACUGUAAAUGGUGUUAAAUUCGAUGAGAAACAUUUGUUGUUAGUGGACACGAAUCAAACAAUUCAUGGCAACGUGGUAAUGGGGGCGGAGUUUGAGAAGACACAUCAGAUUAAACCAUUGUCCAUUGAACAUAUGGAUGUUGAAACAAUUAAUGGCGUCAAUGUGAAGGACUUUUUCAGGGAUCUUGUGCCAUUUAAAAACGAGUUAAAGAUUAAGGGUGGUCUCACUUUUGAGAAUACUCCAAUUGUUAGAAAAUUCCAUAGUGAUCGAGGCUUACUUAAUUUAGAGAAUUCAACUGAUGGUGCCCUGAAUUCUGUGAAACGCUUGAUAGAGGACCACAAACAUCUUGUUGAAAGUUUUAAAGAGAAAAAGGCCUUCUUGAGUCAUCACAAAUUCAAACCGAAAAUGUCAGGAAAAGUACAUAAAGUUUUGCAUUUAAAAGUUCAAACGGGGCUAGGCCGAACGGAGGAGAGGAUUGCAGCUCUACGAGGCGACAAGGAGGCAUACAUAACAUUCCACAGAUGGGACGAACAGGAAGGAUUCUUUGACCUGGAAAAUGAAUUAUUCUCAUGGUUGGCCAAGAAUUCAACAAUCGUCGAUUUCGAUAAAGUCACUGUUCAAGGAGCAGACAUUCUUGUGAUUGAAACAGUCAACGAGAAAGCCUACAAUAAGCACUUCAUAACGAGCAUGAAACAGGACUUACAGUUGAUCUUCCAGUUGACCGCCAACCAAAGCGAAAAGGUGAUUCCAGUUGAAUACAAGGAGCAGCAAUGUUUCUUGCUGCACGCUUAUUUCCAUCGCAAUUUGGUGCUGCAUUGCAUGAAACUAUCACCGGAAGGAAAUAUUGAACCACUCAAGGAAUUAGUCAUAUAUACCGAGGACGUAGUUUUGCAGGUUCACACUCUGAAUGGAUCUCAAUUCAUAGUCGCAAUGGGAUCUCGUGUAGAUAUUUGGGACUUAGAUUUCCAAUUGAGUCCAGUUCUGGUUAUUCCUGUAUCAAAUCCAGUCUCAAUUUCUUCUGCAAGCUUUGAUGACGACGAUUACUUGGCAAUUGCUGCUGCCGGCGGAAGUGUGGAGCUUUACAGAUCGUCCAACGGCUCAAUGUACACCUUCAUACAGUCAAUCGAAGCAAAACACAUCAUAGACACCAAGUUUUCCGUUAUUGCUACUUCGAAGGACCUUCUCCUUUAUGUUCUCACUGCGGAUCUUCGAAAUCCAUUCAGUGGCUACAUUUAUCGUGGAGUUUUGAACUUCCAGAAAUACCUCACGCCGAUCAACUUCAAGCCGGCGAAACGGUUCGACUUAAUCUCGAUGCAGGAACAUGGUAAAUACUUUAUUUCUUACCAAGUCGAUGAAGAAGUACAAUUUUUAGAAGCGGUAGUGCCGCGAGCUUGA